CCAGCUAGAAGAUUGUAUGGUAGACCAUAACAGCUGGAAGGGCUGAAGGCUUCUGCAUUAGUGUAUUACAUCAGAGCAUGAAAUAACUUUAACAAGUCACAUAAAAUCACUAGUUCAAUCAUGGAAUAUAAUGCACUAGCAGUGAUUUUAUUUGGAUUAAUCGGCUUUGGUUCUACAAACGAGAUAACAAGCAUUGUAGACACGUGCUGCUCUGCUGGAACAGUGUGGGCCACAUCCAACCAGCGCUGUGACAAUUUCAAGGGCAACCUUCCCGCUUUGAGCUCCACCUACACCCAGAUGUGUCGCAACAUCAUAGAGGUGUGCUGUAUGAAGUCCAAACAGACCAACAUGUGCGAUGCUGGCACAACAAAUGCCAUGAAUGGAGGAAGAUGUGCUGUGAGAGAUGAUGCAUUGGCUGCCCUGUCUUAUAAGGAGUGCUGUCAGUGUUGCCAGAUGGGUCUAUCUGCCCGCCAGGCUGGUAUGAGAUGUACUGCGCCCUCUAUUGGCAACCCCUGUGACUUCACGUUCGUCAAGUGCUGCCGUAACAGCACCAGUGGUACAGGUGGAAACGGUGUUACCAACCCCAAUGAAAUUCCUGACGAUAGUAAGGAGAAGGGAGAUCUGGAAGACAUUGAUGAGUGUGCUAUAUUUGGAAGUGAGCAGAUCUGCAAUCAGAUUUGUCGUAAUACCAUUGGCUCAUUUAGGUGUGAGUGUAAUAGAGGAUUCAAACUAGCCAUGGAUGGAAGAACGUGCUAUAGAGAUGACUGUCAAACUGGCCUGGCCUUCAAUACAGUGACUCAACGAUGUGAAGAUGUUGAUGAAUGCGUUAUUGGAACCCACAACUGCUAUGGCACAAAUGAAGUGUGCCAGAAUAGACAGGGAGGUUUUGACUGCGGCUGUGAAGAUGGAUUUCACAGGAACCGAACAAAUAGCAAGUGUGAAGAUAUUGAUGAGUGUGCCAGGAGGAUGGACACCUGCACGUCGUCCCAGCGCUGUGAGAACACUCUUGGAUCCUACGCAUGCAGACGUAUUGUACCCUGUGGUACUGGGUGGACGCUGGAUGAAAGAACACAGGAGUGUACAGAUGAGAAUGAGUGUGAGUUGAAGACAGACAACUGCGGUCAAGGUUACGAGUGCUUUAACAUAGAGGGCUCAUUCCGUUGCAACCCGAAACGCUGCCCAGAGGGGUCAAGGUUCAACUUGAGGACAGGGCAAUGUGAAGUAUUCAAUUGUCCAAGAGGAUUAAGGGCCGCAAAUACUAGUCUUUGUGUUGACAUCAAUGAAUGUGAGCAGGGGAAUGUGUGUGCCAGUUACCAGACCUGUCAGAAUACAUACGGCUCAUACAGUUGUGUGGACACGAUAAGUUGUCAGCCAGGAUUUGAAGUGGGAAGCAAUAAUGAAUGUGUUGAUAUUGAUGAGUGUACAAGAGGUACCCACGACUGCAAGGGUGCGGCUGAGUGUGUGAACCGACCAGGAAGCUACGUUUGCUCCUGUCCUGCAGGCUAUAGUCGCGUUAAUGGCAUCUGUCAAGAUCGUAAUGAGUGCCAGUUGGGCAAUGUCUGUCCAAGUAACGCAGUGUGCCAAAACACACCUGGUAGCUUCCGAUGUGUGUGCAACCCAGGGUUUGAGUUGGUUGGAGAACAACAGUGCAGGGAUGUGAAUGAGUGCGAUGACCAGAACGUGUGUUCACAGGGCUGUGUGAACAUCCAGGGCUCAUACAUGUGCAAUUGUGAAACAGGCUACACCUUGGCAUCAGAUGGGCGCACCUGUGUAGAUGUAGACGAGUGUCGGCUGUACAGUGGUGCUGGUGCUGGUGUGUGUUCGGGCGAGUGCAUCAACACCCCAGGCUCCUAUCAGUGUAGCUGUCCCAGUGGCUGGAGGAUCAUGGGCAACCAGAGGUCAUGUCAGGAUAUUGAUGAGUGCGAGGAUGGCACUGCCCGCUGUGGCAGCGGUGAGGACAGCAUGUGCUUCAACACGAGGGGCAGCUACCGAUGUCCAAUGGUCAGGUGUCCUGCGGGAUUCUCACGCUCCAGCCUCGGACCUCGCAGAAAUAGUGACGUAGAGGUAGACUCUGACUCAGUCCUCUGCCAGAAGUUCUGCUCCCCCUACGACCGGCUGUGCCUCCACAAUGAGACUACCUCCGUGUCGUACCACUUCUUCUCGCUGCCCUCACUUCCCGUCGUGGAGCAGCCCUCCAUCCUGCUCAACAUUACAGCGCAGGGCUUCAUUCUUGUGCCUCAGAUGUUCCUGCACAUCGUCAGCGGCAACGAUGAUGGCUUAUUUGACACGAUGGUACAGGCAGAAAUAGCUUCAUUUCGCCUAGUGAAACCUCUUGUUGGUCCUAGAGAAAUGUCUGUGAUGUUACGACUAGAAAACAGAGGCUACAUUGGCAAUAGGCUGCUGUCUGCACACAAUGCACAUUUGAAAUUAUUUGUAUCCAGAUUUGAUUAUUAAAUACCAACUGACAUUAAUUGUAAUUGCAUACUAUACUAUACAACUUGUAAAGGAAAUGUGUAAGUAAGCCUACCUAUAAAACAAAUGUUAAGAAAUAUGCAUUAAUGGGUAAGAACAAAAGUACAUCACGAUUACAGCUUAUUUAUUUUGUACAAUUAUACCAAUUCAAAUGGCAAUAACAAAUAUACAAAGCAAUUAUGUAAUAUAGUUGCAGUAACUACAAAGUGCACACAAAUAGUUCUACUGAAACUAUUUUUACAGUAAACAUCUCCAGACAACUCUCAGCAGUGUAUAAUAAUAAAAAAUAGAAAUUUCAAGAAAAAUUGUUUUAUAAGCACAAAAUGGAUAUUCAAUAUCCCAGAUAAUGUACAAUGUUAUGAAAUAAAAUGUAUAAAUAACUCACUUCACAAUCUUGCAAACAAAUGUAAAAAAAAAUAAAAAAAUGAAGAGUCAAGCAUAUUCAAAUCAUAUCAGAUAAGGAAAACUGCCGCCAGUGCAGUGGUCAACAAUAAAGCCAUUUUUUUAAAACAAACUUCAAGUACGAAAACAGUAUAGUACUUCUAGUUCAUGAUUUUAAACUUUUACCAGAAAAGGAAUAACAAAUGCAUGCUAAAGUAGCCAAAUCAGAAGGAAAAUAUGUUGUAAUGUUUAGCAUUUGCAUCAAUCUGAAUGAAAAGUUAAAA